AUGGAUCACGUACGCAUCUUUCUCGCCAUAUUAUUUAUCUCAACUACAAAGGCUGCCGUAGCAGCAAGUUUCGAUCCAGCAACUCAGAUCACUCUGUACAACCAACCGCGCUUCUUCAACUCUCCAGUCACUCUGAACGAGUUCGUCGUCCGACCAGACCCGCAGGUCGCGUGCUACAAUCUCCCCUCUGCCUUCUCCAAAAUCAUAGGCUCCGCGAAAAUCGUGUGGAGCACGAGGACUGCGAGUGCGACACGUGUCAGCUGCAGCACUGUGUGGUUCUUCCCUGGGUUGAAAUGCGCUGGGACACCCAAGGGAGUUCCGCGGCCUGCGACUGUCUCGAAUGCAUCUUCUUCUUUGAGCUUCAUCAGUGUACUAGCCGAGCCAAUGAGGUCAGCGGCCUCCAUCGCAUGUUCAUAUGACAGGAACCCAUGCACCGUUGUUCCAUGCCCUGCCAACACCACAUGCACCUCCUACGGCAACACUGCGCACGCAUGCCCAUGCAGCUCUGGCUUCACGCGAGUCAACGGCAACUGUGUCGACAAAUGCACGGCCAGGAAUUGCCCGGCAAACUCCUCCUGCUAUCUUCGUGGGGGAGCAGCAGAGUGCGUGUGCAAGAGAGGGUUUGUUCAGCAAUCCAACGGCUCCUGUGCGCCGCAGCCCGCUUACGAUGAGUGGCUGGGAUUGCAGAACGACGCCAGAGCAUCGGUUGGAUCGCCGCCACUCGUUUGGAAUGACACAUUGGCAGCGGCAGCACGGGCAUGGGGAAGCAAGCUAACCUCCACAUCCUGUUACAAUACCACCCUGGAGAAAGGGGUUCCCUAUGGCCAGAACACUCUGGCUGCAUAUGGCACCGCCUCGCCGUCCGUCGCCGCGAUCGUCGCCGUCGUGUCCGCGAUGCUCCUCGUUGCUAUCAUCCACCUUCCGCUAACCGUGUCCGCCGGUACCGUUACCCCCGCCGCCGUUCCGCCCACCGUCGUUCCGCCCACGGUCGUACCGCCCACCGUCAUUCCGCCCGCCGUCGUACCUCCCACCGUCGUUCCGCCCGCCGUCAUUCCUCCCGCCGCCGUCGUUCCUCCCACUGCGCCGUUCGCGCAAGCCGCCCCAGGCACGCUCCUUGCGCUCUACAACCGCCAGUACUUCGCCAACUCGCCGAAAUCCCUCCCGUUCGUCGCGAUUCGCCCCAACCCGGCUGUAGCGUGCUACGACCUGCCGCCGGAUUUCGCGCGCAGCGCGGGCUCGGCGCGCAUCUGGUGGAACACGAAGGAUAACCAGCCGGAGCAUAUUAACUGCGGGACGGUGUGGUUCUUUCCUGGUUAUGGCUGCACGGGCGCGGCUACUGGGAUCCGCAGGCCUGGGAGCUUGAAUACCACCGCCCCCAGAUACAAUGCGUACAGCAAGUUGCCAGCGCAGAUGGCCACAGCAGCUUCUGUCGGCUGCUCCUUCUUCCCUGACCCGUGUGCGAUCAUAGCAUGUGCGGAUCCCAACGCCAUGUGCAAGUCAAACAAGGGCACCUCGCACGUUUGCCGCUGCCAACCAGGUUUCACCAGCGUCAACGGCACGUGCACGGACGUGUGCACGCAGAAACAGUGUCCUGCCAACUCCACCUGCAUCCCCCGGGGCAGCCUCGCCACCUGCCGCUGCGACCCGGGCUUUGACCGGCAGGAGGACGGCAAGUGCUCGCCCACUCCCGCCAACAAGGAGUGGCUGCAGCCGCACAAUGAAGCACGUGCUGAAGUUGGCUCACCUCUUCUUGUCUGGAAUGAGACAUUGGCAGCAGCAGCCCUCACCUGGGCACAGCAGCUAGUGAACUCCUCUGCUGCUUGUUUCAACACCACACUGGAAUCCUCCUCCUCACUGCCCUACGGCCAGAACACACUCGCAGCAGUCAACACCUCCCCCUCUGAAGCCGUGCAGAUAUGGACAGACGAGGCCGCCCGGUACUCACGCUCGCCGUACCCCUUUGGGUGUAACGGGCUGCAGCUGAGGAACUGCGUGCACUUCAUUCGGGCUGUAUGGAACACCACUCUCAGCGUGGGCUGUGCGGCUGUGCCCUGCAAGAACAACUGGCAAACCUUUGUCUGCAAUUACUACCCCAAGGGGGCUAUUCCCGGCGCAUACCCUUACUAA